ACUUCAAAGAGUCACAAAUCACCCUUAAUCAAAAAGGGUGCAGAAAUUUUUUUUGGGCCCUCCCCGCCAUGAGCUCCUACGUAGCCAAUUCAUUCUAUAAGCAGAGCCCCAAUAUCCCUUCCUAUAACAUGCAAACUUGUGGGAACUAUGGAUCGGCCUCAGAGGUGCAGGCAUCCAGGUACUGCUACGGUGGAUUGGACUUAAGCAUCACUUUCCCACCGCCUGCGCCUUCCAACUCUCUCCACGGGGUAGACAUGGCUGCCAGCCCCCGGGCUCACCCCGAACGCCCCGCCUGCAGCGCCACGGCCGCUCCGGGACGCGCUCUGGGCAGAGACGAAGCGGCUUCUCUGAACCCCGGGAUGUACAGCCAGAAGGCGGCCCGCCCGGCGCUGGAGGAGCGAGCUGCGAGCGCUGGGCAGAUCAAAGAGGAGCAGGCGCAGCCUGGGCAGCCCGCAGCGCGGAGCCAGCCGCCGGCCCCGCCACAGAUUUACCCGUGGAUGACCAAACUGCACAUGAGCCACGAGACGGACGGCAAGCGGUCGCGAACCAGUUACACGCGCUACCAGACCCUGGAACUCGAGAAAGAAUUCCACUUUAACCGCUACCUCACUCGCCGCAGGCGCAUCGAGAUCGCCAACAACUUGUGUCUCAACGAGAGACAAAUCAAGAUCUGGUUCCAGAACCGAAGGAUGAAGUGGAAGAAAGAUUCCAAGAUGAAAAGCAAAGAGGCGCUUUAGAGGCAGCGGGACGAUGCCCCGCAAGCCGGCGGUGCUCCCCGCCUCUCUCCUGACUUCCCUUCUCCGUUUUCUUCUCUUUCUGUAUUUUGGGGCCAAGGGAGGGGUGGGGGCUCUCAGACAAAAAAAAAAAAAUGCUCUUUCCUUCGGCAUCCUCAUUACCACCGACCUACCUACCCCGGAGCUUCCGUGGGGGACUGCCCUGUCUCCCCUCAUCUGGGUUUAACCAACACCAGAGGCCUGAAACAGGCUGGCAUGGAGCGAAUCCGGCUGGGCCUGGGUGGACUCUCUUUCACUCCCAGGUCUUUGGGGCCCACCCUGAAGUGGCUGUGGACCGGUCUAGUGCCACGGGCCCCUGGCUCAGGCCCUGCAAGCCUUGCUCUCUCCCUUUGUUCCUGAUGAGGCGGGCCAAAGCUGCUGCAAGGCUGACGGGAGAGUGAGAGAGUGCCUGAGCCGAUGGGAAGUGGGUCUGCAAUCUUGGGGUGCUUCCUGUUAGAGAUUUAACUGUAUCUUCACUUAGUGG